UCUAUUUAGGAGUGGAGUAAAUGCGAAAUGCAAAGCUGGGAACAAUUAAGGAUGAUGGCCAAUCCGGGUUCCAUUAAAUGUCUCGUUUUCUCUCUCCUAUCCUUGUAUCUAUUUUGCGUUAAGGCAUUGGCAGAGUAUCCUGAAUCCCAGGAAUCCGAAUCCGAUAGAGUAAUAAAUCUACCAGGCCAACCCCAAAGCCCACCAAUUUCCCACUUCUCCGGUUACGUCAAUGUCAAUGCUCACAACGGGAGGGCCCUUUUCUACUGGUUCUUUGAAGCUCAACAUCACUCCUCCAACAAGCCUCUGCUUCUCUGGCUCAAUGGAGGGCCUGGCUGUUCCUCAAUUGGGUAUGGUGCAGCUGUUGAGUUGGGACCUCUCAGAGUUUCUAAAAAUGGAGCUGGCCUUCACUUCAAUAAAUAUGCCUGGAAUAAAGAAGCAAAUUUGCUGUUUGUGGAGUCCCCAGUUGGAGUUGGCUUCUCUUACACCAACACAUCUUCUGAUCUCACCAAAUUGGAUGAUGGUUUUGUGGCCGAUGAUGUCUACAAUUUCUUGGUCAAUUGGCUGCAACGAUUUCCACAGUUCAAAACCCAUGAUUUCUUCAUCGCAGGAGAGAGUUAUGCAGGCCACUACGUUCCUCAGCUUGCAGAGCUUGUGUAUGACCGAAACAAGGAUAAAACCAAAUACCCAACCAUCAAUCUAAAAGGUUUUAUAGUGGGAAAUCCGGAAACGGAUGAUUACUAUGAUUCAAAGGGUCUGCUGGAAUAUGCAUGGAGCCAUGCUGUUAUAUCAGACCAGCUCUAUGAAAAGGCUAAGAAAGUGUGUGAUUUUAAGAUGUUCGUCUGGUCCAAUGAAUGUAGCAGUGCUAUGAACCAAGUGUUUGACCAGUAUCAGGAGAUUGAUAUAUACAAUAUCUAUGCCCCCAAGUGUCUUAUCAACACCCAAUCUUCACUAGCAGUGAAUAACUAUGGAUUGAGGGGUAUAAGAGUCUUUGGAGGCUAUGACCCAUGUUUUUCUACGUACGCAGAAGAAUAUUUCAACAGAAAAGAUGUUCAAUCAUCCCUUCAUGCUGGCGUUGGGAGAAGCAAUUCUAAUGUAACAUGGAAGGUCUGCAAUAAUUCCAUCCUUAGGACAUAUAAUGUCAGUGUAUUUUCUACCCUACCUAUCUACACCAAACUCAUCAAGGGUGGCCUCAAGAUAUGGGUUUACAGUGGGGACACAGAUGGCAGAGUACCUGUUAUUGGGUCACGCUACUGCAUUGAGGCUCUUGGACUCUCCCUCAAGUCUCCUUGGCGUUCUUGGUACCACCACUCUCAGGUUGGAGGGAGGAUAGUAGAGUAUGAAGAAGGGGUGACAUUUGUGACAGUGAAAGGGGCAGGCCACUUGGUACCUCUCAACAAGCCCAGCCAGGCUCUUUCUCUCAUUCGCUCUUUCUUGACUGCUCAACCUCUCCCGACCCAUGGAUGAUUUUUUUUUUUUCACUGCUUCUUCCAGUAAUUGCCAUGAUUUGAUGCCCCCCCAUCUGUAAUAAAAUUUACAAUCUGGGACUGGGAGAUUAUUUUUCUACUAAAUUUUCAAGUAGUUUCAUCCUUUUCUU